UUUGAUUAAAAAACUUAAUGUUUAGUUUUUGUAUGUCUGUUGUUAAAACUUGAAUUUUAACUGUUUAAAUAUUAUGUUAAUAAUUUUAAUGUAGUGUCCGUAAACAAGUAUGCUACGUGUAUGUCGUGUAUAAGUCGCGUUACGUAUAAAAGAUUUUAAACAACGAUAGUUUCGUUGUGUUGUUGUUGUUAAUUUAUUCGCGAGUUUUUCAUAAAUUGUUCAAAAUAUGGCAUCGAUGAGUGCAGCGAAGAAGAAACAAGUGUCUCAGAACGAACUGCGUUUAUUAAUGCUCAAGCAAAAACUACAGACUCAGAGGGUGAAAAAGAAAAUAGAGUCACCAUUGGCAAAAUAUAGCAUAAGCGGUCAAUUGUCUUGUAUUGUGUGCAAAUUGAACAUAAAAGAUGAUUCUUUGUGGAGUGCUCAUAUCUCUUCUAAGGUUCACAAGGAAAACAUUUCAAAACGUAAACCAGAAUCGUCUAAAAUGACUGAAAGGUUAGCAGUGACUACAGAAACCUUAAAACGUACUCUGCCUAAACAAGAGAGUCUUGUUCCACCAAAAAAAUUAAAAGGUAUUUUAAAAAAUUAUAAAGCUCCACCAGAAAAAGUUCCUAAUGAUUUCUUUCAAAGCCCAACACCAACCUCAUCAGAAAAUACAAAUGUUAAUCAAAAAACUGACGAAAAAAUGGAUGAAGAAACAGAUAAUAUUGAUGAUAUAAAUCUCGAUAAAGGUGAACUUCCAAAAGGAUUUUUUGAUGAUCCAAUGUUAGAUGCUAAGAUUCGAAAUGAAGAAUAUGUCAGCUCAAUAGAUGAAGAAUUUAUAAAAUUUCAAAAAGAAAUAAAAGAAGAGAACAUGUUAUCUGAACAAAUAAUGGCAGAUAAUGAAGAUGAAACUACUUAUGGGCGACAAGUAGAAGAAAUUGACGAACAAAUCAAACAUUGGACAAAAGUUAUCGAACUAGAAAAAAAGAGAGAAAAAAUUGCUUUAGCUACAGAAAAUAUGAAUAACAUGGAAAUUAAAAAUGAACCAAGUGAAGCCGAAGAAUCUGAUGAUUCAGACAUGGACGAGUUUAUUGAUUGGCGGUCAAAAAAGUGAUUGUAUUAAAUAUGAUAUUAUGGUUUAGAUAAUGUUAAAUAUAUUAUAUUUUUUUAUGUA